AUGAAAAAUGAAGAAGAGAAAGCGGGGGAAGUCAUGCAAAGGGGCUGUCACGUGACACGCGGGGGAGCGGCCCGGGACGGGGAGGGUAGGGGCUGUUCCCCGAAGCUGCUCCACCGGGAGCCUGUGCAGGGAGGAAAUCCCCCCCCUCCCCGCUGUCACUGCCCCAGCUGUGGUGAUUAUCCCAAACUCCCUAACCGAUCUCAAGAAGACAGAGACCCCUGGUAUCCCUGGGACGAUCGAUUUCAUAGACGAAACUGGGGAGAACCGAUCCACUGGGACUUUGAUAUGUUUGUCCGGCCCCGUGUUGACACAACCGCCACUAUGAUACCUUGGAAAACCAUGUGCACCUGGUUUUUUAGCGCUCUGGCCUUCAUGAUAUUCAUGUUCUGGGUUGGAGCGAAGUAUCCAUCCUACAUGCCUGUGGGGCCAAAACAAUAUCCCUACAAUAACCUGUACCUGGAACGAGGUGGUGAUCCUAACAAAGAGCCCCCUGUAGUGAAGAACUAUGAAAUCUAAGCCUUGUGAAAAUGCAGCUUUUCUCCUGGGUCAGCUGCUCUGGAGUUUUCCACAGUGUUCAACACAGGAUAUGCUAAUGCUUGUUCUAAAAGGUUUAACUUCAAAUAAAUGCGUUUAUGAAAUCUUU